AGCUCAAAGAAGAAAAGAACUUGCAGUGGUGGAUGAAAGACAACGAAGUCAUUGAUUUCUGGAAAUAGUGAUGUUCUUAGUGAUGAUCCAUUUGAGGAUCUAGACAUCUCAGGUUAUCCAAAGCCACCAAUAGAAAUGUCUGAUGGCAUGGUUUUAGUUAAUACUUUUGAAGAUACUUUUGGCGAUAAAUAUGGUGGAGGUGUUUGGAGUGAACUUAGCGAAACAGUUUGUUCAAACAUAUCUCGAAACGUUGUUGCACUUGCUUCAUGCUAUGGGAAAAGAAGGAUUUUUGCAUGCACUGGUUUUUUUGUUGAAUGGAAUGGAUGUACAACUAUUCUGACGUCAGCUAGCUUACUGUCAGAUUUUGUUGAUGACGAGAAGAUUCUUGAAGACUUGAGGAUUAAAGUGUUGCUUCCAACCAAACAUAUCAGAGAAGGGACAUUACUGCAUUAUAAUAUACAUUACAAUGUUGCUCUAGUCAGUGUCAAGGAUUUCUGUUCUCCACAUCCGAUGGAUAUUGAACAUCAGAGGCAUAGUCGUCCUCGUCAAUUAGUAUCUGUAGGGCGCUGCAUAGAAUCAGGCACACUAAUGGCUGCAAGAGGGAUACAUUUGAACAGGUUUGGGAGACUGGAUUGCAAGUUGCUACAGUACUCCACAUGUAAAAUCACCAAGGCUGGGAUUGGAGGGCCUGUCGUUGAUCUUGAUGGGAAAUUUAUUGGCAUGAACUUCUAUGACAUGCAAAGAACUAGACCUCCAUACCUUUCAUGGGAUGUGAUUCUUGAUGUCUUGGCACAUUUUAAGACAAAGCGGUCUGUUCCUGAAGUAGGCCAUGCUAGUUAUUAUCAAUUUGCUGUCCUGUUUAACUGGACUAUUGAUGGAGAUAAGAGUGUGCGUCCAAACAGUUGGCCUGUGCCCAAGGCAUUUUGGUGCCCUGCUGAGUAUGUUGACAUGGUGGGUCAAUCGUGUGUUCAAAAGCGAGGCAAACGCAGCCGCCCCAGAAUUAGAGUUAUUAAUGGAAGGGAGUACCGAUAUGCGUAGAGCAUUUCUAUUUCCUUCUUUGUUCUGUAUAUAUUCGUGUUAAUGAACCUGUUUGAGCUGGUUUCUGAAUCAAAGAUCAUUUUUAUAUAAUAUAUUAGAGUUUGUUCACGUGUUCAACACA